CUCCUCCCGCUCACAGCCCUCGCAUCCCUCCUAUCCCUCGUGAGCGUAAUUUAACACCACGCCGGCAGUGGAUCUCCACCACACGCUACCGCUAUGUGCAUGGUUGUUACAUUCUGCGGUAUCCACCACGCCGCCUGGGUGACACGCUACCCUGGGCAGCCAGGGCAGCCAGGGCAGCCCGCACCCGUUUGCAGGCCCUGGUGGAGGCUUGAUUGAGCGAGGCACGAGGUGAUUGCCGUCGCUUCUCAGUCUCGACCAGUUCUGCCUUCAGCACAAACCCCCGCGCGACCUGUCAUAACCAAAUCUUAUGCGAACCGUCACAACUGACGUGCCUGGUCCGCUCAUUUUGAUUUUCUCGCCCUUCCAGCCUGCUAGCCUGCCAGCCUGCCAGCCUGCCAGCAGGGCCGGGGAGACAUGUCGCCCGCGACCACACGAGCAUUGCCUGCUUGCUUCUGCUCCAACUAACGGCAACAAAAUCCCUGCACCCGCUCCCUUCCCUACCGAUACCCAGAGUCAAACUCUUAGAUUAAUUGGCAAGCAAUCUUUUGCGGAAUACUACUCUGGCACCUGUGCCCUCGCCGCCCCGUUCCCUCUUGUCCGUGUCAGCUUUGCUCCCCGACUGCCAUCGCCAUCGCCAUCGCCAUCGCCAUCAGCACUCACUAUCCAUCCAUCGCAAAUCUCCCGCCCGCCCGCCUGGGUCGCCCGGGCCACAAUUGAACCCUCGCCGUCGCCGCCACUGCUGCUGGCGAUCGCACCCCACGUGCCACUCGCCAGUCCAGGGCCUGGACCCACCUCCACGCAUGCCUUAAUGACAGCGGUAUCCUCACCCUUAAUAUACCUACCCAUCUAUUCCCAGCUUCCUCGACCCUCCUCCCGUCCUGACCCCUUCUCUUGUUCUGUUCUGCCCUCUUCUUGGGUCUCGGCCCCAUCUUUCUUGAGUCUCGGGGAAGUUGUGUGUGUGUGUCCUGGGCUCGCAGUCCUCAGAUGGAUCCGGGGCAGGAACUCUGCUCUUUUCUGUCGGACCUUGCCACAAACCGCCCUUCCCCCGUCGGUGCCACAGCCGUGGGCGCACCGAGACAUCACGCCAGGUACGAGAGCAGCACUCGGAGGGACCCUUGGGAGGCAGGCUGGGACGGGGCGACCGGGCUUCCCGGCAGCCGUCAUUCACAAUGGGCGGUACCACCAAGUUCAAGUUCCCAAUUCCGCAUCGGCGGCCAAAGGAGAAGACGCACGAGGUGCAGAGCAUAUCCGCACCCAUGACCAACAAGGCCAGCAAGCUUCUCGGGGCCGCCGAGAUCAACAUCGACACGGCCUCGCCCAUAUCCAGCACCAGCGACCAGUCCAGGCUCUGGGAGACACACUCUGCCGUCUCGGGCGUCAGCGGCAUCAGUGUGACCAUCUCGGAGACCACGGCCUCGGGCAGCAUCUCGAGAUCCCGCUCACCACUGAGCACCGUCAAGGAGAGCCCAACGGCUGCCCCCGCCAGGACCAACGCGAGGCUGACUUGGGAGCAAGAGUCAGACAUAAUACCAAGGGGCCUGGGGGUUGGCGACAGCAACGCUGCCCGCAGCCACAACCCAGACACCACCACCGAUGCUUCGAGUCUGAGGCGCCGCCGGUCAAGCUCCACCAUCAUCUCCUACUACGACAAGACGAAGCUACCCCUGUCGAUAUCUCAGCAGACGGCCAACUCGGCAAUAGCCAAGGGUCUGCCGGACAAGGCGUGGGAGCUCCUGGACAUGGACUCUCCCCGGCCCGCGCCCGCGCCCCCGAAACCUGAGCGGAAAAAGCCAAACAGGUUGGAUCUAACACAUCUCUUGCCCAACGCAGGGGCAUCGUCCAGGAAGGCUUUCACGAGACUGACUCAGAGGGGUAGCAGCAUGGUACUGGGGCCCGACCUGAUGACACGAUCGCCAUCCUUCAUGUCCUCGUCCUCUCCGGUCUCGUCCCCAUCCGAAUGCGAACCAAAGCCCGAAAAGGGCUUGCGCAGGAAGCUUACCAAGGAGAGCCUACGCAGCCUGAGAGGCCCAAGGCCGGAGCGCGCCAGUGUAUCAGGCCCCGAAAUCAAGAACGCAAAUCUGCGCAAGCGGGCAACCGACACGGGCACCCUGUAUAAUCUGUACCAGCACUACGAAGACACUUCAUUCCGCGACACGCCGGGUGGCGAUAUCGGACAGCCGUCUUCGGGGCAGAGUGCCAGCGCUGCCGAGCCAGCACCACCUUCUGCCUCGCGGCCCACUGUUCGACAGAGUGUAUCCAUAGCGCCACCACCCCUCAACAACAAGCCCCGGCACCACGUCUCACCAUCCUUGUCUGCCGUCACACGCCAGGCGUACAGUGUGUUGCCUCAGGACCAUACCCAUACCGCAAUGUCGGAUCCACCGGUCGCCGCAACGAAUGCGGGUUUGGCCUCACUUCCAGCUGAAUAUGCCGCCAGUGUGUCUAGCAGACACACCCGGACGUCCAAGGCUUCCAAGAGGACGGACCAGAGCUUCACGGAUUUCGAUCCUAAUACCACUAGUGUGCUGUCUCUUUCGUCUGACUCGGAGGACGACGACGCGGAACCACCGAGGACAGCCCUUUCCAUACCCAGCGUCACCUCUCUUGAUAGCGUCUCUAGUCCCCUUGACGGUCGGAGGCCGUCAAGUACCUCUUCGCAAGAGCCCGUGCGGAAGCACCCCAAGAGCAAGUUUCGUCCCAGCAUGAAUGCCCAGGGGCAAUUCCUCGCCAUUCCCGAAAACAUGAUCAGCACUACCACGACCCCGCCACCUAUCAAUCCACGUACCAGCUCGCUCGUGAGCUCAUUCGUGAGCGCAACAAGCCCCGGCAGUCCACAGCCGGGAGCUGCGCCUUCCAGCUCCACCACAGCUUCUUUGGUUCGAUCGCCAUCUCGACUGUCCCAGGUAUCCACUUCGACAUCUGAGUCCAUAGCGAGCCAGAUCUCGCGACCCCAUCCUUCUUCAGCUCACCUGGCUGGUCCAAGACAAGCCCCCGAGGUACAUCAUAUUGCCAUGCUGCAAUCCCGCGCCGUUCCGACAGGAAUCGGUGGUCACCACGGUGUGGUUGCUGCCAAGGAAAUUAAGCACAGCAGUCCCCGGACCCGCAUGUCGCCUCGAGUGGGCCAGCCCACUCCACCAAUGAGCCCGUCGGGCAUGGAGCACGCGUCUCAGAACCAUCACGGCGCGGCCCCGGAGCACGGUGGACCAAUCUUGACCCUCAGCAGUACAGGCAGCUCCGAAGACGAACGGUUCAUGGCUGUCACGCGGCAAGAGGAGCUACUUCUCGCCGCUCUGAGGGCAAAACGGGCACGCAUGCGUGAGAGCCACCAGAUUGCCGAACAGAUAGAUGCUGAGCUGGACAACGGGCAAGAUGGUAGGAAGGCCUUGAAGAAGGAAUCGCUUUCCAGCAUCAAGACAGUCAAGGCACAAGCUCUACAGCCACCACCGGCCAGCCUCCACGCGUCUGGCACCGCCAGUGGCCGGAGCGACCAACAAAGUGACGCGACGACAAUGCUGUUCCCGAAGCCACCUUCUACGAAACCGAGCUCAAAACGCCCCCACAACUCAGGCGCCAAGGCUGGCAAGCACGAGCAGGUCUUGCUUUAUCUCAGCGGCACAACGAGUGAGGCACACGGGUUGGAAGAGUCCAACCCCGAGCUGCGCGAUUUCCUCGCAGAAAACAUCGAGCGGUUCCAUCCUCCUGAAAGCUCCUCGACAGCCACUGCGAGCACGUCGAAGCCCUCACACAGCUGCGCCUCGUCGGCUGCAGCUGUGGCCGGCUCUCGAAUGCACCCGAGGGCCGCUCGCCAGUCGCGAACAGACCACGGAUCGACCAAGAACCACUUCAGGCAUGCAUCUGAGUAUGCGCACAACAAGACAGGUCAAGACCCACGUGACGCUCCUCACCACAAUAUCACGCCCGUCCCGGAGAGGCCUGAGUCGCCCUCCAGCCACUACGAGGAGGAUUCCCAAAUCGAACAGCAACCUGAAGAGCCACGGUCUCGGGCAAGAAAGAAGGCCGCAAGGAUCAGUGCCGUAGGAAUGCUUCCGGAAUGGGGCGAUGACGGCUGAGUCUCUUGACCAGAGCUCCCUGCAGCAGCAACAACACCCCUCGCUGUCUUUUCAUUUCAUCAUCCUGUCAAUAUCUAAUUUUAUUCAGCAUAGCGGAGCAAUGUGUUCGAAGAGGCUUUCAUUGAAGAUUAUGCGAGUGGGGUUCCACAGGAAGACAUUAUGAGCACAGGCGUUUUAUUGUAUAUGAGGGCAUAUAUGUAAACAUGUAUCACUAUGUUUUCAGGCGACGACGUCAUGCGGGCGAGUUCAGAAGGCAGAUGUUGCUUAUGAUCUCCUUCUUUGUUUUGGAUGGGCCCGGAUCAAACGGCGUACUCAUGCGACAAGGCGGUUUUGUUGGCGCGAACUCAUGAUCGUGCCGUGCACAUGCAUGUGCGCUGGCAAGUCACGAAGGUCAAGCCAACACCUAUUACUUACCAUAAGAUUUAAUGCGACUACCACUAAUGCAC